AUGUGGAGUUCAAAAGUAGGAAGCAAGAAACAUACACAUUCAUUUCGAUGCGAAGAUCCAAUUAGUCCAAACCAUAAGAAAAAUCUUCAUGACAGAACGAAGAACAAUCAUAAUUUUGUGAUAAGGGAGGUUCCAAUACAUAAAGUGUUCAAUGUAGAACAUUGUACUAAUAAUACUAGCAGAGACUUUUCGGAUUUCGUGGAAGGAAAGAAUUAUUCUUCUACAGGCAUGAAUGGCUCAGACUAUGAUACGCCGGAGCUGGUUGUUUUUAUUCAAGAGGAUCGUCAUCAGCAAUACGUGAAGGACAUUUGCAUUGACAGAAGAAUUUCACCAGAGAGAAAGUGUGAUAUGAAUGGAAGUAGAACAAGUGAUUUAAAUCUAGGAAUCAUGGAAACAAUGUCGAACAAUUUUUUUCGACCGAAUUGUGCCUCUCAACAUCCUUCCUUUAAGGAAGCUAUGAAAGUGCAUGGUUUCAGAAACUUGAUGAAAAGUGAAAUGGAACUUGCUUUAGGAGACAGGCUUACAAUUGAUCAUCACCUUACAAAGAAGACAACAUCCGAGACACUUAGAGAGGCUUUUAAAAGGGAAAGAAACUUGACUAGGUCCUUUGAGAAUCGGCAAAGAAAUUCGAUUUUAGGAACAAGUGGAAGCAGAGUGGAGUUUCCACCACAUUGCAGAAAGUGUCUACAAGUGAAUGACAGAAACGUGUAUAGACCAGAUAUAAGUUACUUACAAAGUCUAACAACAAUUUCUGAACAAAGAAAAGUUGAUUGUUCUGAAGAGAUUUCUAAUAAUGCCUUAGAAUCUCAAUCUGGUUCAACACCAUGUAUUUCUCAUGCAAAGAACUCUAGCAUUGCCUCUCACCAAUCUAAUGGUAGCAUAGGCAGUGCAAAUUCAUUUUCUUUUCCCAUAUUACCUGUGGAAUGGGUUGGAAGUCCAGUGAAAAUGAUGGAAGCUGAUAAAAGUCUAUCAAGAAAGCAUGGAUGGGGGAAGAUAUGGUUACCAUGUUGUUGUGAUUAG